AUGGCUCGAAAUCAAGGAGCAAUUUUGAACCUCCUGCAAUGGCAAAAUCAACCUACAUCUUCUAGCGUGAGAUACAACCGUCGAUUCACCUCUGGUGAUCCUCAUUUUAAGUCUACCGAUUGUAAAAUUGGACACAUAUCUUACACAUAUUUGAUAAAUUUUUCAGUUGAAAGGAAUUUCGUUCGGGAGAACAUUCAGAGAGUUCGAAUGCCAAAGAUAAGCCCAAUUGCUGUAACUCCAUCUUCUCAUAUUUCUGACUCGAUCAAUGCGGGAACCGGCACUGUUGAUAUGUACCUGGGUGCUGUUGAUCGUGAUCAGAGUUCGGAGGAUAUGAAGAAUUAUUGUGAAAAUGGCAACCAAUUCAAUCAACAGAAGAAACCCCUCACCUCCGAUAUAGGCACUCAAACUGAGUUGCAGAACGACAAAACCGUGAAUUGCCGCUUCCAUAAAAGUCCACCGAAACGUAGUGGAUUCUUGAGAGCUCACGAAAAAACCGGUCAGUUGAACGCAAUGAUGAGCCUCAGUGAAAUUCCAGUCAAGAAACUGAUUCGAACACCUCAACUCACAAGAAUUAGCGUACCCAGGGCCUCCUCUGCCAAAGAUGUCAAAUUUACUCGAAGGAAUCUUAACUAUGUACGUGCUAAUGCGAAUGCUGUAUCCAACGGUUGCGUGGUAGAUCGACGAUCUACCAACAGGCAAUCCAUGCAUCCUCCAAGCGCACAGUCAAGAAGUUUUGGGAGAUUACCACCUUAUCUAUCUGAUCUAUCACUAGUCUCUUACAACGCAGAAUAUACCGAGAGAGAAAGGCAGCAGCCGGAACGGGGACUGAAGAAAGAAGCGCAACGCCUAAAGGUUACAGAAGAGUGUCAGAAAAAGAAAGAGAAGACACACUGCACUCCCUUGAAGAGGGUAUCAUACGCCAAAACUUUGGACGAAAUUACUCGUGCUCCAACUCAUAUACCUACGACUUGUAAUAAAGAUCUUCGAGCACAACAAGAAGAUCGUCUAUCUGAUCUCAAAGAGGUGAUUCGUGCCUUCCGCAAGCCUGUUGUUUUCAUAACGCUUGAUUAA